AUGGUUACGUUUCUAGUUUUUAAACCUUUCGUUGAUGAUGAUAUUUUAAAAUUAACACAACAUCAUGGUAUGGCAAUAUUCCAUAGAAUGUUUUCCUUUCGAAAUAAGCUUUUACCAUUUCUACAUCCUGGAUCAAUAAGAGUGGAUGCAGAUUCAAAAGCAUUAGUUGAAUUAAUUUCACUUUAUCAUGCAAAACUUGUUUUAAGUGAUGAUUUAACCAAUAGUGACAUUGAACAGUUUCGUUAUCAUUCAAAACAAAUGUUAACUGGUUUAUUUCCUGCAAAAUCAUCAUCUUGUCUUAUUCAACAUCAUACAUUUCAAUAU